UCUGUUUAACCUUCAUUUCUUGUUCGUUUAGUUAAGUUCUUGAAUUAAGACUCUAAGUAAAUAGUUUUGUAAAUAAACCAAACGAUGGCGCCGAAUUUAGCUGUACCAGUGGAGCGAUAUGAGCCCCAAACUACCGGAAUCAAUGCAAUUCUGUUAGGUCCGCCCGGUUCCGGCAAGGGAACGCAGGCCCCCCUUCUUAAGGAGAAGUUCUGUGUCUGCCAUUUGUCAACUGGCGAUAUGUUGAGGGCGGAAAUAUCUUCCGGUUCCAAGCUUGGCUCUGAAUUGAAAAAAGUUAUGGACGCUGGAAAAUUGGUAUCCGAUGAGCUUGUGGUGGAUAUGAUUGACUCCAAUUUGGACAAACCCGAGUGUAAAAACGGAUUCCUUCUCGAUGGAUUCCCCAGGACUGUCGUUCAAGCUGAAAAGCUCGACACACUGCUUGACAAGAGGAAAGCUAACCUGGAUGCUGUAAUCGAGUUUGCAAUUGAUGACAGCCUGUUGGUGAGGAGAAUUACUGGACGGUUGAUCCACCAAUCCAGUGGGAGAUCUUAUCACGAGGAGUUUGCUCCUCCCAAAGUCACAAUGAAGGACGAUAUUACUGGCGAACCUUUGAUGCGACGAAGCGAUGACAACGCUGAGGCCUUGAAAAAGAGACUCGAAUCAUACCACAAGCAAACUCGCCCAUUAGUUGACUACUAUGGCCUGCGGGGUCUGCACUACAAAGUCGAUGCCGCUAGAAAAUCCAGCGAUGUCUUUUCCACAAUUGAGUCGAUAUUCCAACGCCAACGUACCGCCCAGACUCAAUUGUGAUUUGUUCCACAAAUAUAUGUAUAUGAUCACGAACUGCAACUGCCUCCUGACAUUUUACUUUGAAACACACAACAAGAUUUAGGUCUAAAGAUUAUGAUUCCUCCAGAGAUCAUUAAAUGACAAAACUACUAUCAUACCAUCAUUUGAAAAACGUCUACAGCUACUUUCCUUGUACAGAUUUCUAAAAUGUAUAAGUGUUUGUUACUUUUUACAUUUCAAUAUUUGUAACUACAAUAAAACAUAAUAC